AGCUUGUAAGUGUUAGGGCCUCGUACAAAAAAAGUCGUCGGCGAGGGGAUCUGGCACGCAACAUCACUGGUACGGCUUAGCCGGUCCACCACAAGACUAUAACACGGCCUCGAGCUAUAAAGCUCACUCUCUGGCCGAGGAAACGUUCGAUGCCAUCACCAUGACUCGUCUAAUCUGGAACGUCCAGUAUCCUCGAAGCCACUCUGAAUUCGUAGUUUUGCUCGACGAAUUUCGGAGACGACAGGCAGCCAGUCUCGAGUCGCCUCUAAAGCAAGACCACAAUCUGCACUUUGUCGGCAGUCCGAACUUCGACUUUCUACCGCACCCUGCAUAUCAAGUGAACCAAACAUCCUACCUCGGACAACCCCUUGCUCCACUGCAUGAGACGGCGAAAGACUCAUACGCACCUCAUCAUCGGAGGCGCUAUGUUACCGAGCUGCGCCUGGACGGAAGAUCCUUACCUGAAUUUGAAGUUAUCCUUCGCCAACCAUUGUCAACCGGACUGGAGAAACUCGCUCAAGUCUGGAAAGCCGAUGCAAUCUGUCGAGAUGGAUCGGUUUUUCCCGUAGUUGCGAAACUAUUCCAAGGAUCUCUGUUUCCUGAGCCAGAAUGGCUGGAGUAUCACAGCAUGCUGGAUGCUGACUAUCCGCUACAGGAGGAAGUAUCUCACAGAGAAGCCUGGGCGUACGAGCGCCUCCGGUCAGCUCAGGGAACGAUCAUUCCAUACUCCUACGGAUUCUACGACGUUCAGCUGCCCUGUGGGAGUGUGGCGUGUACUCAUAUCAUCGAAUAUAUUGACGGAGUCACUCCCGGUACCUACUGUAAAAUGUACGGAGGCCAGGCCGACCAGGAACAGACCCGUAAAUUCAUGACGACGCUGACUAAGUCCGUCUACGCUUUGCAUUCCUUAGGCGUGGCCCACUACGACAUCUCAUGGAGGAAUAUCCUCGUGCCCAAGAUGCACCUUGGUAGCGCCGUCAUGUUUGAUUUCGGGCGCGCCAUGAGUUUGGAGGUAGAAUCCCCAGAAGACUGGGCUGCUCCGUUGUUUAAGGACGGUAAAGAGCUGUAUGGGGUCCUGUCAAUUGUUGCCUCGCAACGUGAGGCAGAAGUCUGGGCAGCUGAAGUGCGAGAGGACCCCGCCACCCUCUGGGCUCGGCCUUUGCGAGAUGCUCGCGAUUUACCAUACGAAGGGCGAGUUGGACCAGUGUAUCGCGCGGACUGUCUACAUUAUUUAUGUGAUGUACCAAGCGCCGAACAGUAGUUGACCCUGUUUGCGGAAAGGUUGUAUCUGUCUUUGUCAACGUGGCCCUUCAACUGUUGUACUGCAUUUUACUACUGGAAGCACAUCAUGCCUCUUGUGUAAAUAUAAGAUUGCCGGCGCUUACUAACAGUUGCCUCUCG